AUGAUCACCACACUGAUCACUUUCCUGUUCGUUGGAAGUUUUCUGCUGGUAAAUGCAGGAAAACUGGCUUACUACAAUGACCGGUUGCCUACACUGGAACCAGUUCCCGUCUCUUAUUAUUGGCCCAACGUAGAUGUCCUAGCCUUCGAUGAACCGGAUGCGAUUCAUUAUCCCGCGUGGUUCCAACUGCCCUGGAGACCGAUUUCCGUACAGCAGCCGGUAGUAGCAGAAGAACCCGAAAUGCACACAAUGCCCCCGACAACUGAGUCUCCACCGUCAAUAACUACCGAAGACGCCACACCAGAGGGACGGCAUCUUCACAAAAAAACACACAAACACAAGCAUCAGCAUGGUAAGGGGAUCCAAACGGUUGGAUUUCCUGUUGGGGUGUCGGACGAGCUGCAAUACGCCAACGUUGGUCAGCUGAGAAUGGUUAUCCUACAGCUGGAACAUAAGCUACAAGAGCUUAAGCUGCAACUAUUCGGUAGUCGAACACUAACCAAUGAUGCCACGAUUGAUGAUAACGAUGAUACUGCGCGAUUCGAUGACGAAAGCACAAACGUGGAUCAUGAAGCGUUCGAAGAGUUGAAAACAUCUGUUGAAGAUGCGUCUCGAGUGUUAACGGAUAUUAUGUCCACAUCCGCUGAGAAGGAUGAGGGAAAACUUCUGCUAGAGGAGAAUGAUAAACCCACAGCCGAGCUGGAGCUGGAGCAUAGGGAAUUUGAAACGAAUCCUUUCGACAAUGGAAGAAGCUUGACGGAAAAUGUGCAAAAGUGGUUCGAAGGACUAGAUUUGGGUAAAAUUGCCGCGUUACCGUUGGAAGAAUCGGUCGAAAGUGAAGAUGUUUCGGGAACUAUCGAUGUUAGGGGUAAUUUUAAUAAAAAGUAA